AUGGACGAGUUGGACGAAUUGCGAAAGGACGCAGCGGGACUGGGAGAGAAUUUGAAAAAGUUAGGUCGCUGGAAGGAAGAGGCUGCGACAGAAGAAGAGGGCGUGAAGGUGUUCAAGCUGCACGCGGAUGACGACGACGAAGACACCGAAGGCUGGGAGAUUGCGAAGGUCAUCUCGCCACUGCCGAAGAGGACGCAAGAACUCGGGUUCAUCUCGCACGCCAACGUAAAAAAAGACCCCGCCGGCUGCAAAGAUAUUCUCCGGGACGCCAACACCCUGGAAGCGGCUCUGGAGAGAUACAUCGAACGCUUUGACAAGAGCUACGCAGACGCUCACAUCCUUCCAGUGGACCACAGUUUGAUUUUGAAACGCCAUGAAGAAAACAUUGACGACGAGUACGUCGUGGCCCUCAUGUCGUAA